GACCGUUUACUCAAGAGCUCAUCGUCUCUAAUUCAAAUUCCCAACCCAAUCCUCUGAAGCACCGUUUACAGAAAACGCCCUUCAUUGAAUUGACAUUCAAAACCCCAAAAUCUACAAUAAAGGUGAACGAGUUUGUGGAAAAUAAAGCUUCAAUCUUUUGUCGUCGAAUCUCUCACCUAUUCUCGUCCUCGAUCUGAUAACAGUAAUUCGAAAAUGGUGUACUCGUACACACCCGCUUACUACUCCACCCUCCAAGACUCCAUUACGUCUCUGUGCAAGACCAUCCUCCCUUUCAGCUUCAAGAAACGGUGCUUGCCGGCGUCGGAGCUGAAGCUGUCGAAGCUGCAAUCCGACAACCUCAAAUGGCAGCAAGACUCUUUCCACCAGAUUCUCAAUCUCAUGGGUCUUCACAAAGAAGGGAUUGUAGCUGAAUCCGAGGUUGUCUCUUUCAGAACAAAUUUGCUCGAGAAACUCAUCGCUUCUCCGCCAGAUCACGAACACCCUGUCGUGUUAAGGGAUAAAUUACUCUUCUUGCAGGAGCUUCUUUAUGCGAAAUGCAUUUCCGAGGAAGAGUACCAUUCUUCGAAGAGGCCGUUGCUUCAGAGAUUGGCAGUUCAAGGGGCUGAGAUUGAAGCCAGAGAUGUGAUCGUUGGAGGAUCGAAGGACACGAAGGAGAAUUCAGAAGAAGAAUGGUCAGUGAUUGACUUGAAGGACGAACAAUGCUUUAAAGAGAACAUAAACUCAAAGAACAAAUCAAAGAAUAUUAAAGGAUCAGCCUCUGUUUUCGGCUUCAUGUCUGCUUACAAAUCUGGAAACAACAGAACAGAGAAGAGUAUAUUUGAAUCGGCUUCUUUGGGUAUGGAUUCAAAGGGAAAACAAAGCUCGAUUCUCAUGGAGGAAAGUGGACCUCCAGAACCCAUGAAGGAAAGCUCUGGUGCAGCAGAAAAGCUGAAGAGGAAGCCGUUCAAGAGUCUGUUCCAGAAGGACCAGAAAGAGGGAAAUGAAGCAGCAAUAAAGCAUCAAUGGGUUUUGAUGGGUUCAAAAAAUGGAAGAAGAGUGAAUCAGGAGAUGAAACAGCGUCGUCUCAAGCUAAUAAUACCAUAAGAACUCUUAGAGAAGGACCAGACACCAAGUUGAUUAAGAAGAAGCUGCAUUCUGAUGGCUCACCAUCUGAUUUUUUCAUAGAUAAGGUUUUGGGGGAGAAGAUAAAGAAAGAACUGUCAAGAAUCCAGACAGAACUGAGCACUACAAACC